UCUGCAACCUUGAGGGUUAUUCUAGAAUUUCUUUCAUCAGAGACCGACAAGAGUCUAAUAAAUUAUCUCUUUCUCGUGCAAACAUGUCAGGUUCAGACGCGACGUUCCGCGAUUCCGAGAGGAUCGAGAUGAUCAAUAGGAUCUCCAGUGUAAUACUAGGUGCAAUUGGGAUACACAGGAACACUACAUUUCGCACGGUCUGGGCGUGUCUUUGGGUAUCUGAUAUUGAGAAACUGCGGGAAUUUGACGUCGAUAUUCCCGAUCAUGUUGAUGGCCUGGCGCCUCACUUGGAGUGUUUGGAAUAUUACAAGACUGUUGAAGAAUGGACCCAACGAGACAGGACUGUGCAUUUUGAUAUCGGUGCAUGUGCUUUGACGAAAUAUUGUCCUUUGACCUCUGAAAGCGCCCAUAUCUACCCGUCCACCUUGAGCGACCCGAGAUCUCGAGAGGUUGACUUGUUUUGGAAGGCUUUGUGAUAGUUCUGGACAAAAGAGCGUGUGGACGCAUGGUGGGAUGGUAUCAGAGACGCUGAUGGAACUGAUAGAGUCGAAAACAUGAUAUGCCUUAGUCCUUCUGCUCAUGCAAUGCACAUAAAAGGCU